AUGGCGUUACCAUUGUGCACCAGAUUAAGACUAAGGACUAACUGUCUUCGAGAGAUAACAAUAUUGACAAUAUUAUGGUGGAGUUUAAGUUCAACAUCAGUAGCAUCAGCUUCACUUAACUUACCGACCUCCAAAAACAUAGAUUUAGCACCAUCCCAGAAUGAGAGCGUGGCUGAAGUACUAUUUCAUUGGGAAGACUAUAGCGUGCUGGCCGCUAUGCUGAUAAUUUCCUGCCUGAUUGGUGUAUUUUACGGAUAUUUUGGUGAAAAGCAAACAACAGGAGAUGAUUUCUUACUUGGUGGCUCGUCGAUGGGCACAUUUCCUAUGGCGUUAAGUCUUGCAGCAAGUUUCAUCACAGCCAUCGAGUUGUUAGGCAACCCAGCAGAAAUGUACAUGGCAGGUGCCCAGUUCUGGAUGAUUUGUGUCGCCUUUGUACUGGUCGUGCCUAUUGCAAGUCAUCUCUACCUGCCGGUGUUCAUGAGGCUGCGGUUGACGUCAUGUUACGAAUAUUUGGAAGUGAGAUUCUGCAAGUCCAUCCGUGUGUAUGCAAGUGCGUUAUAUCUAAUGCAGAUGAUUCUGUACACGGCCGUCGCGGUAUACGCGCCGGCUCUAGCCCUCUCCGAUGUUACUGGAUUGAAUACCUACUUGGCUGUGUCUCUGGUGUACGUGGUAUGCAUAUUCUACGCAACACAGGGUGGCAUGAAAGCAGUAAUCAUGACGGACUCUUUUCAAUCAGCUGUUUUAAUCGGUUCUUUGGCAGCAGUACUAGCAAUGUCUUCGACACAAGUUGGUGGAUUCGACAUAGUCUGGGAUCACGCCUGGCGGACAGAUAGGCUACAUUUUUUUGACAUGGAUCCCGACCCUACUGUCCGUCAUUCAUUUUGGUCGGUGGUCAUAGGCGGAACCAUGUACUGGGUCAGCAUGUUCUGCGCGAACCAGGCUUCAGUACAGAAGUACUUGUCGGUGGAACGUGUAGCACAAGUUCGAGUGGCUCUCUGGGUGUCAGCCAUCGGCCUGAUCGCCGUCUACUCAGUAAAUUUCAUCACCGGUGCCGUCCUUGCUGUUCAUUACGCUGACUGUGAUCCGAUUCAGGCUGGAGUUAUCAACGCAUCUGACCGUCUUCUGCCACUUUACGUCGUGAAGCAGCUAGGAGGCUCGCGUGGAAUACCAGGCUUCUUUGUCGCAGGAAUCUUCGCAGCCAGUCUCGGAACUGUAGCAUCGGCACUGAACUCGCUAGCUGCUAUAUUAUGUCAAGAUCUUGCUACCGGACUUCUUGGAAUAACGCUGCCAGAACACAGAGGAGCAGCAAUAGCUCGCUGGGUGUGCCUGGCUUGUGGUCUGGUGUCUUUUGGACUGGUGUUUGCAGUGGAACGACUCGGACCAGUACUGCAACUAGCACUCUCCUUCAAUGGGAUGGCGGGUGGUGUCGCCCUAGGACUGUUCACACUUGGCAUGUUCUUUCCGUGGGCUAAUGCUAAGGGAGCCGUAGCAGGCGGUGUGUUUGGUCUAGUGGUUGUGGUAGCGGCGGGCGGAGGUGCUCAACUGGCUCAGCUUUCGAUGCCCCGACUACCUGCCUCUACAAGUGGCUGUGUAGCGCCCUACAACAUGACUACGCACAUGACUGUAAACCCAGAUGAAAAUCACGAUGACGCAGUUUUUUGGCUGUUCCGAGUGUCAUAUCUCUGGUACUCCGGAUUAGGAUGUGCAGCUACGUUAGUGGCUGGGUUGAUCGUGUCGGUUCUGACCGGUGUCACAGACCCAGCGCAAGUACCCAUAGAUCUGAUAUCACCACCGAUCGUUACACUACUCAAUUCGCUGCCUAAAAGAUUUAAGCGAGUUUUAAGAGUACCAACUCGGCUUGGUUCGGAGCGUCGGCGUAGUUCGAGUGUCCGUCCACCUGGAGUAGCUGACGACAAAGAUACCCGACGUCGACGCCGCCUGUCGGAAAUGGCUGGAGGAGUGUUUUACAGCGACACUCCCACACUCACAAGGGGCUACGACAACUUCGCUCUUGGUCUCGACCCAGAAAAGCCCCCACCAGAUGACCGUACCAAGUCCAAUAGUAUUAAAUUUGAUCCUUCUUCAGAUAAUCAUCUGCCUGAAACAUCGACUUGUUGA